UGUAGUCUGCUGUUGGAUUAGUCAGUUUAAUCACUGCACGGAGACGGGAGCAGAGCUCUGAGGAACAGUGGAGACAGAACAUGAAUGAAAACACACAGGACAAAGAGGUGAUGAAGCGGAUUGAGAGGGAGGUGAGGAUGCAGGAAGGGGCCAGUAAGCUCCUGGCAGCUUGUUCCCAAAGAGAGCAGGCUCUCGAGGCCUCAAAGAGCCUGCUGACCUGCAAUGCCCGCAUUCUGGCCUUGCUCAGCCAACUCCAGAAGAUGAGGAAGGCUCAGAUCCUGCAGAGAGUGGGACGCAGCUCAUCUGAAGAUAUGGUGCCAUGUGUGGGGAAAGUCGCCCUUUCAGAUCUACGAAUCCCGCUCAUGUGGAAGGACUCGGAGUAUUUCAAAAACAAAGGUGAGCUGCAGCGCUGUGCCGUGUUCUGCCUGCUUCACUGUGGCACAGAGAUCUAUGACACAGAUCUGGUGAUGGUGGACAGGACUUUAACCGACGUCUGCUUUGAAGACACGUUCAUAUUCAGUGAGGUAGAGCCAGGCUUUGAGCUUCGUGUGGAGCUGUACAGCAGUUGUGUGGUUGAGGACUUCUCCCCGGUGACCGUGGGAACCAGGAGAGCGAGUCGUCUGGGAGGCUACCAGGGAUGCUCCUCUGGGAAAAAGAUCCGUGCUGCCUUUGAGUCUGCGGCUGUUUGUGGAUCCGUGUCCAGUGGAGAAGACGCGGGUUCUGGAAAUGUGUCCCCACCUGUUGUGUCAACACUGGGGUCAAAAUAUAACCUGCUGGCUCACACGACACUGAGAAUUGAGCAUGUACAGGAAAGUUUCAAGACACAUGAUUUAUCAUUGGCAACAGCGGAGGACAGUCCAUUCUGGUUGCCUUUGUAUGGAAAUAUAUGUUGUCGCUUGGUUGCUCAGCCUCUGUGCCUGACUCACCCGGUCCUAAGUGGUCAACUCACGGUCCAGCUGGAGGAGAACCUUAAUUGCUGGGAGAAUGUCCACGGCGUCCUCAGGGGGCAAAGUCUUCUCUGCUAUAAGAGUCAAGAAGACCUGGAGUCCGAGGACGCGCCUGUACUUGUAAUCCCCAUCAAAAAGGACACUGUCGUCUGUGCUUUGGAGGGUGAUGCUGUCCGUUUGCAGAGAAUACUCAUCGCUGCACAGUGUCUGCGAGAGGAUGCGUCGUACACACUGAUCCCGCCCCUACCUGAGGAGGCACAGCGCUGGAUUGAGGCCCUCUGGCAGCACAUCUAUAACAUAAGCCAGUGGAAGCAGUGUUGUCACCACCUGAUGAAGAUUGAAAUGCCGAGCCCCAGGAAAUGCACAGCAGUGAAGCAGGGAUCGCUAUACCAUGAAAUAGUUACUCCUUCGACCAGAGACGGUCUUGUGGUUCCGGAUUUAUCUGUAGAGAUCCGCACUUUACUCUCUUCCUACUACAAAGAAAGUUAUUGAUGACCCUUCCACGGUUGCACUGGAGUGUGAGAACCUUUUCCAUGUGGUUACGAUGCCUGGGUGAGGAAACGAGCACGGGCACGAUAAAUGGUGCCGUUUCAAAAACGUUCUGUAACAUCAGUUAUUUUUCACUGUUAACUGUUCAUACCCAUGCAUGCCCUAGUAUGUGUUUAAAAGACGAAUGAAAUGUGAAGAAUAUCUAACAAAAACUCAUAGCAUGUACACUGUAAUAUGCAAAUGACUCAGCUCUACCACCUGUAUAGAGAUGUGAUUGUGUGCCCGACACACAAACACCCAAAGUUUCACGCGACUGAUUAAAUUACCAAAAUAAACAACAUGAUUUGAUCUUUGCCAACAGAGAGAAACGUGUUUGGUGCUUCUUUCAUUAUGAAACCGGCAAUUAAGCACUGGUAAAGUUAGCACAUCUUACAUAGAAGCGAGCAGAGGCAUUUCCGUUUCCACGGGCUUCAGGCCAUGUCAUAUCAACCGUGAUAGGUCUCAGUGAUGCAUCAGUGCGUAUGAUUGGAGCCCAUUGAAAUGAAUUGUAAUGUGAUU